CCCCAUCCUUACACUUCCUGUUGCAGGUGCUAUUCUUUCAUUGAACCAGUCUCGAAUUCUUUUUCCUCCAACCCUCUGUUUACCUGUUGGCCACUCUUAAAACCUGGCACAGUGGAGCCUGCGUUUUGCAGCUCCAGAGGGACUGGGACAAUGUGACUGGAGAUGCUCCGUAGGUGGGGCUGAUUUGGGACACACUGCGUCUUGAAUGAAGCUUUCAACGCUGCUUGUUUCAGGACACGACGUAUCUUCAUUCUGGGAUUAUAUCGAGACAUUGCAAUCCCUCCCACGCUCUUGGCCGCCACGCUUGUUAAUUUUAUCCCCGUGCCCAAUUUUGUAGCCAGCCUUCCUGGAUCUCGCGGCCAAUCAAGAGCCCACACAUUGUUGCCUAAGAGACCCCGGAUGCCAGCAACAGGAUUUUUAGAUGGUGAUUGGGCUGCUGGAAGCUGGGAGGGGUGAGGGGGCUGGAGGGAGUCAGAGAAAAGGCUGACCUAAUGCAACUGUGGCAACGUCAGCGCUUGAGGCUUGAAGAGGGAGACAAGCUAAAAGAGUAGCAAGUGGUCUCUUCUGUGAACAUGUAUGUGCUUGCAAAUACACACACUGCCUGUCUUCUGGAAUGGAGAAAGGAAGAAAAUACUGUGAAAGGAUAACAGCAAGAGACAGGGCAGAACAUCCACCCUGGCAGCAGGCCUACAUGACCAAGAGGGCUGCUUCCCGGGCAGGGCCCCUCGGCUGAAAACCCAUCUUCAAGCAGGUUGGAAGAAAGUCUAAUCCAAGUGACAUAUAGCUCCGAAGAACCAGGAAAAAGAAAACAACCAGUGCAGGCCCUGCGAGGAGUGACCAGGGAAAGCUACUUGCCCUCAUUCAGAAGUUGUGCCUAGGAUCAGUCACAUUGUUUCCUACACAAACUAUGAACGGAGAGAGUUGCUCAGCAUAGAGCAGGGACAGAGUCUUGCUCUGUUGCCCAGGCUGGAGUGCAGUGGUGCAACCUCAGCUCACUGCAACCUCUACCUCCCAGGAUAUCCAGUUGUUUCAUGAUGGCAUUUGCACCUCCAAAAAACACAGAUGGUCCUAAAAUGCAGACAAAGAUGAGCACUUGGACACCCUUAAACCAUCAGCUCUUGAAUGACAGGGUAUUUGAAGAAAGAAGAGCCCUGCUUGGAAAAUGGUUUGACAAGUGGACAGACUCUCAAAGAAGAAGAAUCCUCACGGGCCUGUUGGAGCGCUGCUCGCUGUCCCAGCAAAAGUUCUGCUGUCGAAAGCUUCAGGAGAAAAUUCCAGCAGAAGCCCUGGACUUUACGACCAAGCUUCCAAGGGUGUUAUCUUUAUACAUCUUUUCUUUCCUGGACCCCCGAAGCCUUUGUCGUUGUGCACAGGUGUGUUGGCACUGGAAGAACCUAGCUGAGCUGGACCAGCUCUGGAUGCUGAAAUGUUUACGGUUCAACUGGUGCAUCAAUUUCUCUCCAACUCCCUUUGAGCAGGGGAUCUGGAAGAAGCACUAUAUUCAAAUGGUGAAAGAACUUCAUGUUACCAAGCCUAAGACACCUCCAAAAGAUGGAUUUGUAAUUGCUGAUGUUCAAGUAAUUACAAGCAAUUCUCCAGAGGAAAAGCAGUCCCCUUUGUCAGCUUCUCAGUCCUCUUCCUCUUUAAGAAAGAAGAAUAACCCAGGGGAGAAAGCACUUCCACCAUGGCGAUCUUCUGAUAAGCAUCCAACUGAUAUCAUCCGUUUUAAUUACCUAGACAACUGUGACCCCAUGGAGACCGUCUGGCAAGGAAGAAGAAAGAGAAAUGAAAUGACACCAGAUUUCAGCCGACAGUCACCUGAUAAGAAAAAUAAAUUGCAGGACAGAACUAGGCUAAGAAAAGCACAAUCAAUGGGUCUUACUCUGUUGCCCAGGCUGGAGUGCAGUGGCAUGAUCAUAGCUCACUGCAGUCUCUACAACUUCCUGAGCUCGGGAUCCUUUCACCUCAGCCUCCCAGAUAUCGAGGAGAAAUCCCUUCCCACUAUGUCCCUAAGUUCCAGCUCUCCCCUAAAAGUUCCAGCUCGUCUCGCCUGGCCUCACCGUGAGUCAGUGGGACUCCCAGCCACUGCCACCGCAGCUGAAAUUCUCAGGCAGCAUCUUCAGAGGCACCCUGGAGCCCAAGCAUGACUCAUCCAGGUUCCAGAGCCAAAGCACCCUGAACAUGGAAGGACCUUUAUUAUAGAAACGACCAGAUGCUUUGCAUGGUGGAGAGCUGAAUUUACUUGGCUCCUCUUUAGAAAGUCUUUCAGCUUAAGUACUUUUUGUGGUAGUGAGUCCUGCAGUAUUUCAGUAAAGAGGAAUUCAUGGCAUAAA